CAGUCUGUAAAGCAGGGUGUGACUGGAAUUAGCAGUUUUGACACUUUGUGUUUGUCACGUGUCUGAAUAGACAGGUUUAACAGUGAGCUGAAGCUUCUUCUUUAUCUGAAACAUUCAGGCUGUUGUUUGUUCUUUCAGCUCAUUAAAUCAAUCAGAAAGUGGACAGAUCGCCGGUCGCUCUCCUACAAAUAAGUCAUUGUAAUACAGGUGCAUUACAGUGUCACUUUAGCGCACCCAGUAAAGUCAACAUGAAAAAUUUAGCUCCUGUCUUCAAAUGCAGAAGAGCAUGUAAUGGUUGGUAGAGACAGCUGCCAGAGCCGGAGAAACGCAAGAACAGAGAGAAGAUGAUCAGGAUCCUUCUGUUUCUCAGCCUGGCGUCCUCUGUCUGGACGUUUGUUUUGAAAAGGACUCCGACUGUCUUUGAGGCCAAAGAGGACGACAACAUCACCAUCAGCCUGGACAGUCAGCUCCAAGCUGACGUGUCUCUGGCUGACAUGAUGUGUGUUUUCCACUCAGACGCCACUAAGAUUUUGUUUAAAAUGAUCAGAGGAGUGGAGGACUCUGAAUCUCAGGAUGAGCAGUUUGCAGGACGAGUUCAGACUGACAGAGACGCUCUGAGAGGAGGACAAAUCAGACUUCAUCUGUCCAGAGUCACAGCUGAAGACUCUGGAAGCUACAGGUGUGACGUGUCUGCUGACUACGACAACAGCCUGAAGAAAUGGAGGCUCGAGACAAAUGAAAACUUUGUUAUAAGUGUGGGUCAAACCUCUGAUGGAAACAGCACUUAUGUCUCACUCAAACCUCUGAUAUUUGGACCACCAAAAGGUUUUGCGUCUCUGCACAUGAUUGUGAGAAAAAUAAAGGUGGACAAAAAGAAACCUUUGAUUGCAGGUGAUACUGAAGGUCCAAAGCCAGCAGAAGAAAGGCCAUGUCAUGAAAAAAUCUCAUUAUUUGUUCUGAUGGCAUUUUUAAAUGUGGCAACUGCAGGAGUUGUACUACUUUUCAUAAGAGGUCUUUGUAACCUGUUAUGAUGGCAAGAUCAACACCACAUGGAAACGUCCGCACUGUGUCUGUAAUAAAACGACCUAAAUCAACAGUGACUUCCCUGCCUGUUAAUGUUGUGAAUAAUUGAGUUUUAAUUCUACUGCUGUGCUUAAAAAAUAAAUACAAAAAUAAAAUAAUAUAAGUAAAAGAAAGGGAAUCUUUGCACCUGUAAGAUUUCCUUCAAAAACGGAAAAGUCAUAUGUGAUGUUACAACACUGAUUCUUAGCUCUAAGUCAAACAAAUUAUUUUAGAAAAAAAACAUCAUAAUAGACCCAGUGAGUUAUGGUGUCCGUUUCCCAAAUACAUGACAUACUUUUUUCUUUAAAAUAUAUGUAAGUAAAGCAGAUCAUGGAGUCAACAACUGAAAGUUUCAAAUUAUACUGCAUGCACUCUUUUGUCACUGACUUUGGAGUACUCCCAGAACAGAAACACUAAUUUUAUCCACCCCAUCUAGCGCUGCAAUUACACUAUAAUUUUAGGCGAUGGGCUGCAUUGUUGAGUAGUAUUAUCUUUUUUUAAUU